AUGGUUUCUCUCCUUCUUCGGGAGGAAAUUGGGUUGCAUAGUCAAUUUUGUAAUUCGUUUCACCAACUUUGUUCACUUUACACUCUCCUUCCCACCAUUCUGUACUCAUCUUUUUUGCUCUCUCUCUCUCACUCUCUCUUACACAACUUUCUCUGUCACUCCUACCCAACAUUUCCCUGUCACUCUCUCCCCAUCACCCAACAUUUCCCCCAUCUCCUCUCUCUCUCCCCAUCUUUUCCCUGUCACUCUCUCUUCCCCAUCUUUUCCCUGUCACUCUCUCCUACCAACAUUUCCCUGUCACUCUCUCUCUUCCCCAUCUUUUCCCUGUCACUCUCUCCUACCCAACAUUUCCCUGUCACUCUCUCCUACCCAACAUUUCCCUGUCACUCUCUCCUACCCAACAUUUCCCUGUCACUCUCUCCUACCCAACAUUUCCCUGUCACUCUCUCCUACCCAACAUUUCCCCGUCACUCUCUCUCUCUCUCUUCCCCAUCUUUUCCCUGUCUCUCUCUCUCUUCCCCAUCUUUUCCCUGUCUCUCUCUCUCUUCCCCAUCUUUUCCCUGUCUCUCUCUCUCUUCCCCAUCUUUUCCCUGUCUCUCUCUCUCUUCCCCAUCUUUUCCCUGUCUCUCUCUCUCUUCCCCAUCUUUUCCCUGUCUCUCUCUCUCCUCCCCAUCUGUUCCCUGUCACUCUCUCUCUCUUCCCCAUCUGUUCCCUGUCACUCACUCUCUCUUCCCCAUCAUUUCUUUAUCUCUCUUCCCCAUCAUUUCUUUCUCUCUCUUCACCAUCUUUUCUUUCUCUCUCUCUCUCUUCACCAUCUUUUCUUUCUCUCUCUCUCUCUUCACCAUCUUUUCUUUCUCUCUCUCUCUCUUCACCAUCUUUUCUUUUCUCUCUUCUCUCUUUCUCUUUUUCUUUCUCUCUCUCUCUUCACCAUCUUUUCUUUCUCUCUCUCUCUCUUCACCAUCUUUUUCUCUCUCAUUCUCUGUCAUUUUUUCUUACUCUCUCUCUCUCUCGAUCUCACUCCCGCUCAUUUUCCUUCCUCUCUCACCUUCUCAUUUUCCAUUCCGCCUGUUGUUUUUCUCUCUCUCUUUCCUUCCCGCCUGUUUUUUUUUCUCUCUCUCUUUCCUUCCCGCCCGUUUUUUUUCUCUCUCUAUCUUUCCUUCCCGCCCGUUUUUUUUCUCUCUCUAUCUUUCCUUCCCGCCCGUUUUUUUUCUCUCUCUCUCUCUCUCCCGCCCGUUUUUUUUUCUCUCUCUCUCUCUCCCGCCCGUUUUUUUUCUCUCUCUCUCUCUCUCCCGCCCGUUUUUUUUUUCUCUCUCUCUCUCCCGCCCGUUUUUUCUCUCUCUCUCUCUCCCGCCCGUUUUUUUCUCUCUCUCUCUCCUCCCGCCCGUUUUUUUUCUCUCUCUCUCUCUCCCGCCCGUUUUUUUCUCUCUCUCCGCCCGUUUUUUCUUUCUUUCUCUCUCUCUCUCUCUCUCUCCCGCCUGUUUUUUUUCUCUCUCUCUCCCGUCUGUUUUCCGUCUCUCUCUCUCUCUUUCCCCGGCUGUUUUCUCUAUCUUCCAACGUUGUCCAUCUUUCGUUAGCCAGCAUGUCAACCUGAUUAUGCCCAACUCAUUUGGGAUUGCUGUCCAGAACUCAUUAAUUCGAAAUCUAAAUUCAACAUUAAUCAUCAAGAUGCCGAUGGAAUGUCUUACUUACAUGAAGCCGCUCUUAUGGGCUCAACAGAUAUCAUGUCUCUCUUACUGGAGAAUGGAAUUGCUGUGGACCUCAAGGAUAAUAAAGGGUGGGGGGUUUCCUUUGUUUUUCUUCCAUUUGUCUCCUAAUUUGUUCUUUUUUUUUUUUCCAUUUCCUUUUUAUCUUGUUUCUAUCUUUUCUUUCUCUUUCAUGCAUUUUCUUUUAUUUUUCAACUUUUUUCUUUUCUUUAUUUUUUCUUAUUUUUCAACUUUUUCUUUUCUUCUUUUGUUUCAACUUUUCUUUUUUUUUUUUUCCUUUUUAGUUUCAAUUUUUUCUUUUCUUCUUUUCAACUUUUUCUUUCUUUCUUUUUUAGUUUCAAUUUUUUCUUUCCUUCUUUAUUUCAAUUUUUUCUUUCCUUCUUUUGUUUCAAUUUUUUUUUUCCUUCUUUUUGUUUCAACUUUUCUUUUCUUCUUUUUAGUUUCAAUUUUUUCUUUCCUUCUUUAUUUCAACUUUUUCUUUCCUUCUUUAGUUUCAAUUUUUUCUUUCCUUCUUUUGUUUCAACUUUUUCUUUCCUUCUUUAGUUUCAAUUUUUUUUCCUUUUUAGUUUCAACUUUUUCUUUCCUUCUUUUGUUUCAACUUUUUUUUCCUUUCCUUUUUUUCAAUUUUUUCUUUCCUUCCUUUUUUUUCUUUCCUUCUUUAGUUUCAAUUUUUCUUUCCUUCUUUAGUUUCAAUUUUUUCUUUCCUUCUUUAGUUUCAAUUUUUUUCUUUCCUUCUUUAGUUUCAAUUUUUUCUUUUUUUAGUUUCUUCCUUUUUUGUUUCAACUUUUUCUUUUCUUCUUUUUUCAAUUUUUCUUUCCUUCUUUCUUUUUUUUUUUUUUUUCUUUCCUUCUUUAGUUUCAACUUUUUAUUCCUUUUUAGUUUCCUUUUUCUUUUUAGUUUCAACUUUUUUUCUUUCCUUCUUUUGUUUCAACUUUUUCUUUCCUUCUUUUUUGUUUUCAAUUUUUUUUUUUCUUUUUGUUUCAACUUUUUUUUUUUCUUUUGUUUCAAUUUUUUCUUUCCUUCUUUUAGUUUCAAUUUUUCUUUCCUUCUUUUGUUUCAAUUUUUUCUUUCCUUCUUUGUUUCAAUUUUUUCUUUCCUUUUUAUUUUUUUUUUUCCUUCUUUUGAUUCAACUUUUUUUUCCUUCUUUUGUUUCAACUUUUCUUUCUUUCUUUUUAGUUUCAAUUUUUUCUUUCCUUCUUUUGUUUCAACUUUUUCUUUCCUUCUUUAUUUCAAUUUUUUCUUUCCUUCUUUAGUUUCAACUUUUUCUUUCCUUCUUUUAGUUUCAACUUUUUUCUUUUCUUUAGUUUCAACUUUUCUUUUCCUUCUUUUCAACUUUUUCUUUCCUUCUUUUGUUUCAACUUUUUCUUUCCUUCUUUUGUUUCAACUUUUUCUUUCCUUCUUUUGUUUCAACUUUUUCUUUCCUUCUUUUGUUUCAACUUUUUCUUUCCUUCUUUUGUUUCAACUUUUUCUUUCCUUCUUUAGUUUCAACUUUUUUUCCUUUUUAGUUUCAACUUUUUCUUUCCUUCUUUUAGUUUCAACUUUUUCUUUCCUUCUUUAUUUCAACUUUUUCUUUCCUUCUUUAGUUUCAACUUUUUCUUUCCUUCUUUUGUUUCAACUUUUUCUUUCCUUCUUUUACAUUUUCUUUUUUCUUUUUUGUUUUUUUUUUUCUCUUUACAUUUUCUUUUUUACUUUCUUCUUUCUUCUCAUUAAUUUUUCUCUUUUCUUUUUCUUUCAUUUUCUUUAUUACUUUGUUUACUGUUUCUUUUUUCUUUUAUUCUCUUUUUCUUUCUGUUUUCUCCUUUAA